UCAUCUAAUAACAAUACACCGAAACAAUACAAGAGAGCAUAAACCUAUCCCCCCUCGCUUUACUCUCAGCCAAAUCCGGGCUACUGCUGAAAGUGCCAAGUCAUUUACACAUCUGGUAAAACAAAUCUAUCUAAUAAGCGACUCACCCUCUCUCUCUCUCUCUCUCUCUCUCUCUCUCUCUCUCUCUUCUCUUCGCCGCCAUCAAUGGAGCGCAGAAACUUGGAUCUGACCGUCAUCUCCGCCAGGGACCUCAAGGACGUGAACCUUAUCUCCAAGAUGGACGUCUACGUCGUCGUCUCCCUCGACGGCGACCCCCGCGGCCCCCAGAGGUCCAAGUCCCCCGUAGACCGCGACGGCGGCCGCAACCCCGCCUGGAACUUCCCCGUCAAGCUCUACGUCGACGAGGCCUCCGCCCAGCAGAACCGCCUCACCCUCCACUUCAAGCUCCGCUGCGUCCGCGCCCUCGGCGACAAGGACGUCGGCGAGGUCGUCGUCCCCGUCAAGGAGCUCCUCGACUCCUCCGCCGCCGCAGGCGGCAAGGCGUCCUCGGCGACGUCGCAGCCGUCGACGGUCACCUACCAGGUGCGGAAGCCGUCCGGGAAGCCCAAGGGGGAGCUCCACUUCUCCUACAAGUUCAGCGACAAGCUGACUGCUGACGUUCCGGCCGCCGGCCAUUCGGCCGCCCCCAAGGCUGACGCGGCGGUCACGGCUUACCCGGUCCAGGCCGGCCCGAGCGGGUCCUACGGAGCAGGUUACCCGCCUCCCCCGCCCGACGUGUACCCGCCCCCGCCACCCCCUGGAUAUGCAUACCCACCUCCGCCGCCGCCCCAGUACGGUGCUUAUGGGUAUCCUCCGCCGCCCCCGGCAGGCUACGGGUACGCGCAGCCUCCGCCGCCGGGCUACGGGUACUACCCGAACCAGCAGGCGCAACAGGCUCCGAAGAAGAACAAGAUGGGGUUGGGAUUAGGGGCCGGAUUGGCGGGAGGGCUGCUCGGCGGGCUGCUGAUCGGCGACAUGGUGUCCGACGCGGGGUCCUACGACGCUGGGUACGACGCCGGAUUUGACGAUGCGGGUGGAUUUUGAAAUAUCUCCGCAAACAUUUUUUUUUCCCGACGAGGAGUUUUAUGUAAAUCUAGCUUGCGUUACGUUGGUGUGUACGUUGGUUGUUUGACAAUUACGAGGUAUGAGACUUUUUUUGUCCC